GGCCGGGGUGGGGACACCGGGCCCGGGGCGGUGGCACCGGGCGCCCGCCCCGAUGCCCGGCCUGUUUACACCGGGGCGGCGCGUACCACAACGGCGGGGGGGCAAGGCGGGUGGCAGCCGCGCUGAGCCCCCGCCGCGCUGAGCCGCCUUGGCAGCGCGGCGCCCCCGUUACCGAGCACGGGGUUGGGGGUACCGGGUUCCCACCACCGAGGCCCGUCCCGCUGCCGGCUGGGUUCCGCUUCCUGGCUCCGUGCCCGCUCUCCCCCCCUCGCCGCCGCGAUGGUUCGUCCCGCGCCGCCGCGAUUGGCCGAGCGCUUAAAGGGGCAGGCAGCGCGCGCUUUUCCGCCCUCGCCGGCGCGGCGCAUCCCGGUGCGCGGGGCGGGGGGGGCGGCGGCGGCGGGCGCGCGGCCCCCCCUCGGCGGCGCCAUGGAGGCGGCGGAUGGCGGCCGCCGCGGGACACAAAAGGCGGCGAGGCGGCGGCGGCGGAGAGCGCCUCAGCGGGGCCCUAUGGCGGCGGCGGCGGCGGCAGCGCCGGGGCCCGGCCCGGUUGGCGGCGGCGGCGGCGGAGCUCCGCGGUACAGCCUGCUGGCUGAGAUCGGCCGCGGGGCCUACGGCGUGGUGUACGAGGCGGUGUCGGGCCGCAGCGGCGCCCGGUUGGCGGUGAAACGGAUCCGUUGCGACGCUCCCGAGAACGUGGAGCUGGCGCUGGCCGAGUUCUGGGCCCUGACGAGCCUCCGGCGGCAGCACCCCAACGUGGUGCGCUUCGAGGAGUGCGUCCUGCAGCGGCACGGCCUGGGGCAGCGCAUGAGCCACGGCAACAAGCGCAGCCAGCUCUACCUGCGCCUCGUGGAGACCUCCCUCAAAGGUGAGAGGAUCCUGGGCUAUGCAGAGGAACCUUGCUACCUGUGGUUCGUCAUGGAGUUCUGUGAAGGAGGAGACCUCAACCAGUACGUGCUCUCCCGAAGACCUGACCCGGCCACGAACAAGAGCUUCAUGCUGCAGCUGACCAGUGCCAUUGCCUUCCUGCACAAGAACCACAUUGUCCACCGGGACCUGAAGCCAGACAACAUCCUGAUAACAGAGAAGUCUGGAACCCCUGUCCUCAAAGUGGCCGACUUCGGGCUGAGCAAGGUCUGCGCUGGCCUCACUGCUCGGGGCAAGGAGGGGGGGCACGGGAACAGGAAUGUGAAUGUCAACAAGUACUGGCUGUCCUCGGCUUGUGGCUCUGAUUUCUACAUGGCCCCCGAGGUCUGGGAGGGACACUACACUGCCAAGGCUGACAUCUUCGCUCUGGGCAUCAUCAUCUGGGCCAUGAUUGAGAGGAUCACUUUCAUUGACGCGGAGACCAAGAAGGAGCUGCUGGGGACCUACAUCAAGCAGGGGACUGAGAUUGUGCCUGUUGGGGAAGCGCUGCUAGAAAACCCAAAGAUGGAGCUGCACAUCCCUCAGAAACGCAGGACUUCCAUGUCUGAGGGGAUCAAGCAGCUCUUGAAAGACAUGUUGGCUGCUAACCCGCAGGAUCGACCUGAUGCCUUUGAGCUUGAAACCAGGAUGGACCAGGUUACAUGUGCUGCUUAAAUUCAGGGCAGGGCACUGCUGUGCUUUGCAGCUGGGUUUAUUUACCAGGGACCCAUGAUCUCCAUUAUUUACGUGCAAGGAGGGAAGCUGAAGCUAAGGGACGAUGAGGAUGAUGAUGAUGAUGAUACAGAAGAUCUCUGGUGUGCAGGAUCUCUGGCAAUGUGAAAUCUUUGGGUGUUACUUUCUGUUGGGAUGGGGUGUUCUGGGGGUGCAGGAGGGGGCUGCAGGGGCCUAUGGAAGAGCAGCAGCCAUGCUCAUGAGGCUUAAACACAAUCCAGGGAGCAGAGCUGCCCUUGCCCAGCCCUCCCCUGUCCCCUGUGUUGCCAUUUGACUCUGUGGAUGUUUUGAGACAAGAUCUGGUUCCAUAAGGAGGUGGGAAUCAGCCUCCAGGCACCAGCUCUGGGUCUGGCUGGGCACAGCUUUGGGUUUGAAGCUGUUGCUUCUGCGGAGGGGAAAUGGGAGCAGGGCGAUUGCCAGGUCUGUACCAGCAGUGCAGUGCUUCAGAAACAGAGUCCCUGCAAUCAGGUGUUACAAACAGCUAAAUCAUUUCAUAGCCAGGCAGCUGCCAACCGGGGGGAUGCUGCCCUGGCUGGGAGCAGUUGACAUUAGGAUAGAGUAGCAUAACCAGGCUGGGAAGGCAUUUGGUUGUGAUGGGCAGACGUUUGUUCUCCCCAAGCUGGAUUUCACUCUUCGUGCUUGGUACCUCACAGAGGGUGAUGGGGAGCCCAUAAGCAUGUUUUCAGUGGACAGAAACAAAGCAGUCCACUGCCCUGAUCCAUUGAAUGCCAACCUUCAGCUGUUAGGAACCUGGGAGACGAGGAGGUUUGGCCUAAAUGGCUCAGGGCUGGAUUCUAGCCUCCCAUAAAACACUCUUCCCUGCUAACUGACCAUCUCCAGGAAGCAAAUGCUGCUGUUUAGGUUUGGUUACGUACAGUACAGCUCAGGUAAGGAGAUUGCAACCUCAGGCUGAGCAGUUAAUACUCGAUUUCCUUGCCUAUAUUUAGAGCAACACUAAUAUCCUGGGGCUGACCCGGUGUUGAUGGUCUUUAGACUUUGCUCACUGUAAAUGCAAUGUAAAGCAGCACCUCUUCACCACCCCGUGGGUUCUGAACCAACUAAAACCAUUUCUCAUCGGGCUAAAACACCAGGUUGGUCUGACCUGGGUGCUCAGCCAGGGCCUUGGGCAGCACAGGGUCCCUGUGAGCCCUCACCCCUGGCUGUGGGAACUGCUCCUUGCCUCUGUGCAGGCUGCAGCUUUCCUGUGCCAUCACUGGAUCACUGAACUGACAGCACCUCCUUGUAUCUCCUCAGUGUUACCUUGCUGACCUCAUGGGGAUGAAUGGGAAUGGAGGAAAUUCAGGCGGGCUGAAGCAGGGAAAGGAGGGAUGGGUUUCUCUUUCUGUCUUCCAUCUAUUCCAGGACACAGAGCUAAGGCUGUCACUGCAGGAAGGCCAGGUCCCUCUUAGGAGGGUGGUCUGGAGCUUCCUGGCACCAUCUGUCUGUGACUUGUGAAGGUUUGGAGAGCACAAACUCAGCACCAAGCCCCUGUUCCCACAUUGCUCUUCUGGAGAUGCUGCUGUGGUCUGUGGCCAGCCGCAGCCAGCCCAUGUCUGUACCCAUGACCAGGCUGGUCACUGGGGUGUGAGCAGUGUGGGGUUGGGCACAAGGUGCUGAGCUGCACUCUCAGGGGCUUUGCCUGCUCUCAUUUCUCUCUAAUGAGCAGCAGAUCCCUGCAGUGGCCAUGCCAAGCUCCAGAGCCCUGCAUCCCCCAGGAGCGCUGGACCCACAAGCACAGUGUUAACGCCCUGAGCACUGGACCAUCCUUCUUCCACCUGACAGAGCCUUUGCUCCUGACUGUUACAACUGUUAGAACUUAACCUUGGCUUGAACGGGUGCAGCAAGAGGGCUUCUUUACCCUCCCAGCCCUGCUCAUGUGGCUUUCCCUGCUGGAAGAGCCCCUCGCCAGGCAUUACAUCCCACUUGGAGGGAGCUUCCUAGCAGGAGGUUUCCAUGCGUGCAAGCCAAGCCUGAACCAUGGGAUGUGGAAGCUGGUGAGUGAGCUGCUCACCGGGACCGCUGCCUCCAGCCAGGUGCCUGUACCCUGCAGGCAGCUCCCAUUUGGAAGCGGGCAGGCAGCAUCCAGGCAGGCCUUGGGAGGGUCAACCCUCUUGCUCCAGCCCUUUUUCCAGGCCACCUUCAAACCACACGUCUCCACCUCAGCUUUUGCAUUGCAGGUGUGUGUUUCAAGCAGCUUGAUGUUAGUGAGCUAGACCGUAGUGCCUUACUUAGGAUUUAGCAAACACUUCCAAGGAUGAGUCCCAGGGCUGCUAGCCUUUCCAGCGUGGAUGUUCCCCUCGUUAGUUUGUCCUAUGAAGAGCAUUUUCUCCCCGAUGAUUUUGCUGCUGUUUGUGCUCGACUGCCCACACUGUACAGGAACCUGCCUUGUUUACAGCCCCCAGCAUCUCUCCUCCCAGUUACAUUGACCCAGACCAGCAUUCCCUCUAGAACAAAGUGGGAACAGCUCAAGCCUGCGUGUGCUGUGGGCUGGAGGAUGUUCAGGCUUCUCUUUCCAGGCGGGUCUAUCCGGGCAUCCUCUGCCCAGCUCCUCCAGGCUGAACUUCUCCCUCUGCUGUCGGUGUUUGACAUGAGGAUGCGCUGCUGGGCAAACUCAAGCUGAAGACAGCAGCACUGAACCUGAAGCUCAUUGCUCAGCCCAGGGCCAGGCUGCUUCCAUCUCUUGCUGGCCCCGUUGAGCCUGAGCAUCCAGGGCAGUGCUGGGGACCCCUCUCGUGAGCCCCAGCCGGUGCCUGCGCCGAGGGAGUGAUUGUGUGAAACUGUUUACUUCUGACUAUGCUGUUUACAAGAGGGAUGG